AGGAGAGGCGGCGGCCGCCCCAUGGAGUGUUACUACAUUGUCAUCAGCUCCACGCGUCUCAGCAACGGACACUUUCGCAACAUCAAGGGAGUUUUCCGGGGCCCUCUCAGCAAGAACGGCAACAAAACUCUGGACUAUGCCGAGAAGGAGAACACUAUCGCCAAGGCUCUGGAGGACCUGAAGGCAAACUUCUACUGUGCACUCUGUGACAAGCAGUAUCACAAGCAUCAGGAAUUCGACAACCACAUCAACUCCUACGACCACGCCCACAAGCAGAGACUCAAAGAACUGAAACAGAGAGAAUUUGCUCGAAAUGUAGCCUCUAAAUCCAGGAAGGAUGAGAGAAAACAGGAAAAGGCACUCCAGCGUCUUCACAGGCUGGCUGAGCUAAGGAAGGAAAGUGUGUGUGCUCCCGGCAGUGGCCCCAUGUUCAGGUCCACGACUGUGACUGUGAGAGAAAAUCCCAGUGACGUUUCCCCAAAGGAGACUGUAGAGCCAGCUCACAACCAGCGAGAACCGGUUCAUCGUGCAGAGGGAGGGAAAGAUGUUCCCGCAUCCCCAGAGGACACGGAAAGUGCAAGUAACUGCACAGCAAAUAGUUGCCAGCGUGGGGAUCCCACCCAGGCUGUCCACAGACACAGAACCGGUUUCUCGUUUGUCUUUCCCAAGAAAGCCUCUGUGAAGCUGGAGUCCUCGGCAGCGGCCUUCUCCGAGAACAGCGACGAGUCUUCUGUGGAGAAAUUCAGCAGGAAAACAAGAUUUGUCCCCAGCUCUUGUCACCUUCAGCUUCCAUCGCCAACAUGUGAGCUUCUGAGUUCUGAGGAGAAAGCUCGCUCUUCUCAUCCACCAGAGGCUGUGUGUGCCGACAAAGCAGCUGCUCAAACUGAAGAGAUGAAAAAAGUCUCUAGUGAGAAUAAUACACUGUUAACUACUUCCUCUUGCCAACUUCAGCUCCCCGUAUGUUCUGAUGCAGAUACUUGCCAAAAUUCAGCACCAUUUGAAGAUCAAAUAUCAAUGGCAGAUGUCACUGUUAGUGAAGAGGUUCCUGUGAGUAACAGCCCCGAUGUCAUAGAAGGUCCCACGGUGCCUAAUGACUGCACAGCACAGACUACCACAGAGGAAAAAGUUAAGAUUAAUGAUGUGGCCAAAACGGAAACCAGAAAUAAAACUGGUCAUGAGCCGCUGGCACCUUCAAGUACUGCUGAGGAAAACAUAAGGUUCCAAAAAAGACCAGAUUCAUGUAAAAGACAGUGUGACCCAUUUGUACCUGUGCUUAACAAACUUGGUUCCACCGUGCUUCAGUGGCCGUCAGAGAUGCUGGUUUAUACAGCCACAGAGCCAUCCAUAUCAUAUAGCUGUAAUCCACUCUGUUUUGACUUCAAGUCCACUAAAUUAAAAACCAAUCAAGAUAAAAACAAGCUAAUGGUAAAUGACCUUUCUCAACCGAAGGAGGAGGAGCUUUUCAAGGGAUCUGAUGCUGACUGCAAUGAUGUACCAGUCGGAGGAGGCACAAAUGAUGAAAUUAGCAGCAGUACAAAUGAUCACUCUCAAGUUACAGCUCCUCCGGCCAGCCACAUUUUGUCUAAUAGUUGUGAUUUAGGACAGAGUGAAAAUGUCGGUCAGAGGUAUAAAGGUAUUUCCUGUAUGAACAGAAAAACACAUAAUUUUGCUAGGAAUCAAAUUAAACGAGACACUCUAAAUGAAAAGUACAACAAAAUCAGGUUGAAGGAAACCCAUGAACACUGGUUCCAUAAGAGUAGAAGAAAGAAAAAAAGGAGGAAGUUCUGUCAAAAUCAUCAUGGGGGCACAACCAAAGAGCCUGAAACUCACGGCAAAAUGGAAAGCGACAGUCAUUGCAUCGGUGAGAUCGGGAAGGGCCCACUGGGACCAGUUCCUGAGAGGCAGAGAAGGAGUCCAGAGCAGUUGCCAGACUUACAUCUGCUAUCUGAUGCAAGGCCCAAAGCAUUAUCUGUACAGCUAAGGGAAAAUGAAGAAAUAAAUGCAACAUGGAACACUGAAUCCAACAACGAGGCUAUGGAAUCUCAGAACCAUGGAGGAAAAACUGCAAUGUUUGUAAAUGGACAAGCAAAUCCACCAAUGAUACAUUCUGAGAGGCAAAAUUUAACACACGGCAGAACUCACUGUUGUUGGAAAGGCAGAACAUCAAGCCGUCGAGGGGAUGACAGGUGUUCUGUUUCUCAAAGUGAUGCGAAAGGCCCCAGUCAGAAUCAGCCUGUCAAGAGAGGUUACAAUGCUCUCACAAAUGAAGCAGAGAGAUUUCACAGGAAACGCAGACAACAUUCGUGUUCUUACUCAUCAGACGAGAGCUUAAACCAACACAAUCAUUUAACAGAAGAAUAUUUGAGACCCCCAAAUGCUUCAGUCCCUUCCUGUCAGCCUAAGAAGAAACGAAGGAGAAAAAGAAGUAGAUUCCACGUUGGGGGAAGAACUUGGAAAAUCAAAGACAGUUCAGACUAUCUCAUGAGGCCCAGUUCUUCUCUGCGUCACCGAGCUGGAUUAGUGAAGGAAGACAGAAAGGAGGAAGUAAAACCACAAGAAAAUGUAAGUAUUGGGGAGUCCUCAGAACAAACACAGACAGCAGACGUCCAAGGGCCGCUCCAUCCCUGCAGUGCGCUUCCUCCGGAAGCCAGCGGCCCAGGCCAGCAGUCGGCAAAGGAGACCACGCCACGUGACCUUCCGCAGGCUUCCGGUGGCCGCACUCCAUCCGCGCGUGUGGCAAGGCCCCCGUCCAAGGACACCAGCGACGGCACCUUGCUCGAGCCCAGUCAAAGAAGUCGGACCACGGGCGGCGAUGGUGAUGCCAAGCGAGUUCCUUUCAAGGUGCCUAACGCAGAGAGAAACUUGCGAAACUCGCAGCCCAAGUCGCAGGUUUGCCGCUCGGGGCUGGCCGAGGGCGGCCCGCCGGGAAGGACGGAGGCCGCGGCCGAGUGGCUGUGCUGCAGUUCGGGCCUCCUCCGCCCGCCCCCGCCGCCCUUCAAGGAGGCCCAGGCCGGCGGCCACACCUUCGUGACCGCCGAGCGAAUCCUGGCGCCGCUGGCCCUGCCGGAGCCCGCGCUGUUCAUCCCGCUGGAGAACCGCGACAGGCUGAAGCCUCCGCCCUGCGAGGUCUACCAGCACCUCCUUCCGCCGAACGUGCUGGCCAACAAGGUCGCCGUCCCCUUCCCCCCGGCCCCGCCGCCGCCGCCGCCCCUCUGCUCUACCUCGGUGGCCACCGUCCACCACACCGUCCUGCAGCACCGCGCCGCGGCCGCCGCCGCCGCCGCCGCCGCCGCCGCCGCCGCCGCGGGGACGUUCAGAGCGCUCCAGCCGCACCAGCAGCUCCUGCCCCAAGGCCCUGCCCUCGCCAGAACAGCCGUACCUCAGCUCCCCGUAGGAGCCGUCGGGCCUCGGCUGUGCCCCGGCGCGCAGCCCGCGCUGCUGGCUGCUCCGCAGGGGCCAGUCAUCCCCGCCUCCGUCCUUCAGCCCAGCCACCUGGCCUUCCCGCCCCUGCCCCACGCGCUCUUCCCUUCAUUGCUCUCACCACACCCCACCGUCAUUCCCCUCCAGCCCCUCUUCUAGCCUCCACCGCAAAGGGGAAAGAGCACAGGUGUUUACCUACACGCGUGCGCAACUGGCUGCGUAACUGACAGAACAGACUGGCCGAAGCUGCCCUUACUGAUUUCAGACCAUUUACCGUACGUGUAACGAUGCUAAUAAAUUAUCAAAGUUUCUGAUACAUAAUAUUACUAAAGCACUGAAUAGUUUGAGGAUCACUACAAUAUAUGCUGUAUAUUGAAAUGAUGUCUUAAGAGUAUGUAUAAUGUACAUAAAAUAUAUUUAUGGUACUGUAACUUACGUUGUAAAGUAUGCUCCUUGUUUUUUCUAAUCUUUGUGUAUUUGCACCUAUUUAAUGUUUAGACAAAGCGGAUGACCCUAUUUGUUUUGUACCACGUUCCUUGAAACUGCAAAUUCAGUGAAAUAUAUCUCU